AUGACAGGAACAGGAAUUAAUAAAAAUACUUAUAAUAUAAAUAAUAUUUCUCUAAAUAAUCGACAAAGUCAACAGUUGACUUAUAAUUUAAACUUGGUAACUAAUAGUAAUAACUCUUUUAGACAAAAUAAUAUUGUCAUAACACAAGUACCUGAAGCAAAUAAUACCUGA